AUGAACAUUGAAGGUCAUGUCAGAAACUUUGAAACAUAUGAACUACCAGCAAUGUUAGAUAAAAAAGCAGAUAAAGAACAUACACAUAACUCCUUCUCAACUGUUGCUAUAGAAAGUAUUGAAGGAACGGUUGACGGAACUGAUGGGGAUGCAUUAUAUUGUAAACCUCCUAACUUUCCACAAGGUUUAACAUCGAAUGAAAACAUAACAACAAAGAAAAACAUUAGAUGUAAAAAUGUUUAUGUCAUGAAGGAUGAAAAUAAUAUUAAAUUCACUGCUCAAGAUUUAUAUGAUAAGAAAGCUGACAAAACAGAGCUUCAAACAAUGAAGACUGAAAUACUUCAAACAUUAUAUCCUACAGGCUCUAUUUAUACGUCAAUGAACUCAACAAAUCCAGCAACAGUUCUGGGUUUUGGUGAAUGGAAGCAGAUUGUAGACAAAUUCUUAUACUGUGCUAGAUAUUCAAAGCAAACAGGAGGUUCGAAGAAAAUUAAAGAAGCAAACCUUCCACCGCACACUCAUACAGGAACGACAAACACAACAGGUAGUCAUUCACAUUCAAUAACAAAAAGAGGUUAUACAAAUCUUGCAGCAGGUUCGGAUAGACAGGGAAUGCAUAGAUAUGAUAUUUCAAGUGACCCAGUAGAUUCAAGCGCAGGUAUUUUCUGUGGAACCGCAGGAAAUCAUUCACACACUUUCACAACAAAUCCAACAGGCUCGGGUGCAGAUUAUAUGCCACCAUUUGUGACUAUAUUCGCAUGGUACCGCGUUCAAUGA